AUGAACCGUUUUCGUAAAGCCAAGGACGAUCGUGUCCUGAGGAGACUUAGUCCAAUUGAGACUUUCCAGUCGGCGGGUCAUUCGCUGAACAUUUAUGUUGGAUGUGCUGUGUCGUGUCGCUACCGCAUCCCCAACUCAUUCCAAACCUCAGGAGCCGAUCUGGCCCUUGAAGAAAAGAUUGAACAAGCAAUUGCUGGUUCCAUCACUCAACACCCUCUUUUCACAGCUGGUCGCAGCAACGAGGGUAAAAAGAAGCAAUACUGGGUUCGACUGGAUACAAUCGACCUGAAUAACCAUGUGAGAUGGAAGAAUGUUUCCGAAGGCGAGGACUAUGCGACGGCUCUGAAUGAUGCCUUUCUAUGGGAGGUCAACGAACGAUAUACCAAGCUCGAGACACAGCCUCAAUGGAGGGUUACUGCGGUAGUGCCCGCCACGAAUGACUUUGUUGAUGUUAUAUUUGCUUGGGAUCAUACGGUUGCCGAUGGAAAAAGUGGCAGGAUUUUUCAUGACAGUCUCCUCGCUUGCCUCAACUCGGAUUCUGACUCUGUCACCUUGGAGCACGGAUCUUUCAAGGUUCCAGUUACUGAUUUCACGCCUCCACUACACCAGAUGAUCAAGUUCCCAAUCUCACUCAACUACGCCGUCUCCAUAUUGGGAAAAGAGUUAAUGACGGACAAAAAGGCCCCGGCUCAUACAGCAAAAUGGGCACCGAUAAAGCUGGAACCAUACGAAUCGCGUCUCAAAUCGACCACCGUCGGGAAGGACGCGCUCAAGCCUGUGCUGGAUGCUUGUCGUCAACAUGACACCACCUUGACUGGAUUGCUCCACGCCCUCAUCUCAGUAUCAAUGGCAACGCGACUCUCUAAAGAAAGGGCACCUGCAUUCUCAACUGGCACACCAAUUUGUCUGAGACAGUUUCAAAAACCGGGUACAUCCAAAUUUGACUUGAACAAAACAGCUAUAAACGGCGUAGUAUACUGGCCCUACGUCUUCAAGUCCGACAUCGUCACAACCCUUCGAAAACAAAUCAACGACGCCAAAGAAGACCGCGAAAUGAACAAACCCCUCGAAGAAACACUAUGGUCGAUAGCAAAGUCCAUAAGAGAAGGUCUCACCACAAAACUAAAACUCGGCACAAAAAACGACUCCAUCGGCCUCGCAAAGUUCAUCACGGACUGGAACGCAUAUCUAAUGGACCAUUCUACAAAACGUGAGCAUUCAUGGGAAGUCAGCAAUCUUGGUGUUAUGGACGGCCAAUCGUCAAAGGAGUGGAUGGUUGAAGAUGCCACGUUUACGCAAAGUGCGUCUGUGACUGGUCCAGCUUUGACGUUCAGUGUUAUCUCUGUCAAGGGUGGCGGUCUUAAUGUGUCGUGUAGUUGGCAGGUUGGGGUUGUGGAGGAUGAGUUGGCAGAGGGUGUGUCGGAGGAUGUGGGAAUGUGGCUUAAUGGAUUGGGUCGUGAUGGGGUUGUUGAGUUUAUGUGA